UGAUAGCAAAAUUCCUUUUUGGGGUUAGGGAAUAUCCAUAAAAUGGUUUAUUUGUGGUGACAGUGUCAGUACUGUUGUGUCUUAAGUUACACGUAAAAAUAGUCUUACACACCGUGAUUGAAAUUUGAACCGGCUAUUCCUAGAGAUAACGAAGAAGUGGACAUUGAAAAAAAAUAUGAAGAUACAUUUUUGUUAUUUUUAACAAUAAUUGUGUGCAUAUACAUAGUAACAGCUACGUGCUAAAUGAAUAUAUAAAAUUAUGACCAGCUAUAGAAAAUUAUAAGACACUUUGAGGAUUCCCUUCAGCGAAUAACGAGAAAUGCACAAUGCAAAUGAGACUUCAUUUCACACAUCAGAUGUAUUGACGAUAUUGGCUGAUAUAUUGAUGAAGAAUAAUUAAAUACUCAGGUACCAAUGUUAAUCUGACCUGUUGAGACUUUGUAAUAAUGUAUGCCACAGAUUUGAUGUUUUCGGACAAUUACCUACACACGUGCUGUGUUCAAAUUAUAUAGUAUAGUUGAUGACCCAAUUAAUUUUAGAAGUGAACAUGACAUGUGAAAAGGUGUGGUCCUUAUUUAAAAGGAGGUUAUAAUAAGUGUCUAAUCUAAACUAGAUACCUAUUACCCUAUUACCUUACAGUGACAUUUUAUCCUUAUUUUAAAAAGCAGACAUUUAAUAUGACGGCUAGAAAAUAAACAUGUGUAAGUAUUGAAAUGUGCAUCUAGUAUGCGGAUACCUUCAUCAUAUCAUAUGUAAUGUGUAAUGUUUAAUAAAAUGGAAAACAUUAACAUUAAUAGAUCAUCCUAUUUGGGAAAGGGAUUUAUAAUCAUCUGUAUAUUAGCCUUUGUGGUUUAUAUGUAUUAUGCUAAAUAUCUUAUUGAAGAGAAUUACAACUGGAAAUGGAAUUCUAAUGAUCUUACUGAUUUGAAGACAAACUAUGAUAUGGAAUACCCAACUUCUGAUGAUGCUAUCACAAGUACAAUAGAAGGCCAAACAAAAGACAGAGAAUCAACAACUCUUGUAAGUAUUUCACAAACUGUUACAGAAACGACAAAUAAAACGACCACAGUCGAUAUCGAAAAAUUAAGGAGAGUAACUAUUCUGCAGUGGUCUUCAGGGAGAAACUCUCCGUUUUAUCACAUGGGAAGACAAAAUAUAAAUUUCAUCAAAUUAUCAUGCCCUUUCAGCAACUGCUAUGUGACUGAUUACAAAAGAUACUUUAAAAGCUUUAAUCAAUUUGAUGCUAUUCUUUUUAAUGGUAAUUUUGUUAUUUAUAAAGAUAAAAAUGAGUUACCCCAAGAUCGUUCACCUACGCAAAUGUAUGUAUUUGGUGCAACAGAAUCAGCUCAUAACAAUCCUGCUUGUAAGCCGGUUUUGGACAAUUUCUUUAAUUGGACUUAUACUUAUAGAUUAGAUUCAGACGUACGUUGGUCAUACAUUCUGAUAUAUGACAAGAACGGCACUGAAGUUGGUCCUAAAUCAAACAUGUCAUGGCCUAAAGAAAUGGAUCCUAUUGAUGAAAAUACCAAAUCAAUUCUAGAUGGUAAAUCAAAGACUGCAGCUUGGUUUGUCUCACACUGUAAUACCUUGAGUAAAAGAGAAAAUUUUGCUAAAGAGGUGGAAAAGGAACUGCAAAAGAUUGAUGAUAAUAUGUCAGUCGAUGUAUACGGAUCAUGUGGAAAAUUUGAUUGCCCGAGAAGCAGUGCAGAUAGGUGCUACGGCUUAGUGAAAAAGGACUACUAUUUCUACUUCUCAUUCGAAAAUUCGUUCGCUGUAGACUACGUCACGGAGAAGUUGCUGACGGCAUUAAACAACUUUGCAGUCCCUGUGGUGUAUGGUGGAGCUGAUUACUCUAGAUAUUUACCGCCUGGCAGUUACCUCAACGGUCUUGAACUCGGGCCAGAAAAGCUUGCGAUCACCAUGAAAGAGAUCAUUGACAACAAAACCCGGUACUACGACUUCUUCAGAUGGAGGAACCAUUUCACAUACAAACAGGGCGAGAAUGAUACCGAAAUCUGUAACAUCUGUACAGCAUUGAACGAUCCGGAGAAAGUAGCGGCGAAUAGCGUGUAUGAAGACUUCAGAGACUGGUGGUAUCCAGAGUGGAGGGACCACCACAAAUGUAAAAAAUGAUAAAAUCAAUUUGUUCAGAAAUCAAUUAAAAUAAUGACCAAGUGCCAAAUUAGGGACUAACCAACUUAAGGAACAUUUUCUCGUGUCUGUUUAUUUAUACUUUUGUACAUUAUUUUUAAGUUUUUUAUUUUUUUUGCUGGCCCUUUUACAAAUAUAUUUUAU